CCCGGCCGCAUGGAGCCCUUUCUCAGGCAGCGGCUGGCCUUCCUGUCUUGCUUCUGGGACAAGAUCUGGCCGGCAAGCGAGCCCGACGAGGGCGCGGGGCUCACGCCCGAGCCCCCUGCCGCUGAGCCGGCCCGGCCCCCAGCGCCGCGUGCGACUCCCGAGUCCCCAGCGCGCAGCGCCGCGGAGCUGAACGGCGGCCGCGGGGGCCGGGCCUGCGCGCCCCGCCAGGACGGCGACUACGUGCCGGCCCCCAGGCUCUCGGGCCAGCCCAGCUCUGGGCCGUUGCCCCUCGCCCAGGGCGCCGCGGCCGCCCCGGAGCUGCGCUCGGACCAACCCUGGUUCUUCCGUGGGAUCACCCGGACCCAGGCCCAGCAGCUGCUGCUGUCCCCUGCCAACGCGCCCGGGGCCUACCUCAUCAGACCCAGCGAGAGCAGCCCCGGCGGCUACUCACUGUCAGUCCGGGCCAAGGCCAGAGUCUGCCAUUACCGCAUCUGCCGUGUGCCCGGGGGCCUCUACCUGCAGGAAGGCCGGCUCUUCCCCAGCCUGGAGGCGCUGCUCAACUACUACAAGGCCAACUGGAGGCUGAUCCACAACCCCCUGCUGCAGCCCUGCCUGCCCCCGGGGCCCGAGCAGCAGGACCCGUGGGAGCGGCCUCGCUGGGAGUUCGCUCUGCGGAGGAAGCUGGGUGAAGGCUGCUUUGGGGAGGUGUGGGAAGGCCUGUGGCUGGGCUCCGCGCCCGUGGCGGUCAAGGUCGUCAAGGCAGCAGCCAUGAAGCUGACCGACCUGGCCAAGGAGAUGGAGGUGCUCAAGGGCCUGCGGCACGAGCGGCUCAUCCGGCUGCUGGCCGUGUGCAGCGGGGAGCCCGUCUUCAUCGUCACCGAGCUCAUGAGCCGGGGCAGCCUGCAGGCCCUCCUGGCCGGCCCCGAGGGCCGGGCCCUGGGCCUGCCCCUCCUGCUGGGCUUCGCCUGCCAGGUGGCCGAGGGCAUGAGCUACCUGGAGCAGCAGCGCGUUGUGCACCGGGACCUGGCCGCCAGGAACGUGCUGGUGGGUGACGACCUCAGCUGCAAGGUGGCCGACUUUGGCCUGGCUCGGCUGCUCAAGGACGACGUCUACUCCCCAAGCAGCGGCUCCAAGAUCCCUGUCAAGUGGACGGCGCCUGAAGCAGCCAAUUUCCGCAUCUUCUCCCAGAAGUCUGAUGUCUGGUCCUUUGGUGUCCUGCUCUACGAGGUGUUCGCCUAUGGCCAGUGUCCCUACGAAGGGAUGACCAACCAGGAGACGCUGCAGCAGCUGGCGCGGGGGUACCGGCUGCCGCGCCCGGCCGCCUGCCCAGCGGAGGUGUACCUGCUCAUGCUGGGGUGCUGGAGGGAUGGCCCCGAGGAGCGGCCCGCGUUCGCCCUGCUGUGGGAGCAGCUGACCGCUGUCCACAGACGCCUGCUCCCGGCCCUCGCCUGA